AUUCCUUCCUUUUCCUUCCUAUCAUAUAAUGUAGUUUAUAGGCUCCCCACCAGAUGGUGCAUGUGCUUUUCAAAACAAUUUCCCUGGACCGGUCUCCAGGGAAAGUGGUGAGAUUGACGCUGGAGAGAGAGCGCGCUAGCGAGAGCCUGCAGUUUACUUACCUCCUCCCAUCAUUUGUCUGCAUUCCGAAGGCUUCGAUACCCACCAAAACAAAGCAUAACAGUCGGAGGAAAUAGAUGUGUAACUUUUGCAUGGAAAGGGUACUUAAGCAGCAGGUUAAGAGAACAAACUGUUAUUGCGAGGAGACCUGCAAGAUCUGUACUACUUGACAACUAUGUGACAAUUUCAAAGAUAGUUGCUAAUUGAAAGGUCAAGAAAAUGUUCAGCAGGAGAUUAAGCAGAAGUCAGAAAAGAUAUGAAACCUGAGAGUGAUCUUAAGUGAUAAAAUAGGAAGCAACAGGUACUUAUAAUUGACACAGCUCCAUUGGUUGAGCUGUGCAGCGCUGCUGAAGAAGUAAAAGGCAAACCUCCUGCUGCUCCACAGGACAGAACGUAUUUAACAUGAGUUUUCAGGGUGAUCUAAAUGUACCCUAUGGCACAAGUCUGGAAGACGAUGGAGAAGAAAUUAAGAACAACAACACACAGUCAUUGGAGUCUGUUGGGGAUGACAAUGCCAAUAAAAUCCAGUCAGAAGUCAUCAGUACUGAAGAAAAGGAUCAAGAAUGUGAAAGGAGAACCAGGGAAGCUGUAAAUGUUCCUCUUCUUGUGUCCCAAAAUGAGGGGCAAGAUAAAAUCAUUAUCUGGGGUACAGAGUCUCAGCAUGGUGAUCCUGACAUGGAGGAAUUUGAGCUGCUUGAGUGCAGAGAGCUUAGUGAUAGCUGCUUGACCGAUGAUGCUAAGGGUACAUUUAUGGAUACAUUGGAAACCAGCUCAAAAUAUCAGCAGUCUAACACUUCUGCUUCUGCUCAAGCUGUUUCUUCAGAGACAUGGGUUCAGGUGUCAGCAGAACUUGAAAACCAAAAUAGCAAAGCUGCUGUACAGCUUGGAUAUCAUGACUCCCGAUUAUCUUUAGAAAUCAGUGAGAGUCCUCCUGUAGAAACAGGAGUUUCUACAAAACAAGAUAUUAUUUGUGCUUCAGAGAAUGAUAUAUUGAUUAAUUGUCUUUCUGCACCACUGGAUGCAUUUGGAAGUUCAAUAAGCACUGUCCACAGCAUGAACAAAACACAAAUGAUGGGAACAGAUCAGUUUUCACACAUGCCUCCUCAAGCAUUCAGUAUGCCCUCAGAGAAAAUAAUUAUAUUUCGGUCCAACACGGCUACCUCAGAAGCAAUAAAGGACAACAAGCCCCAGGAACUCCUAAGUCCUUCUACUGAAAACACAAUAAAUUUAGAAAACCUAAAUUUAACACCUCACUCUCAGGAAGCUUUACUCAAACCAAAAGCACAGGUGGAUCAAGGUUAUAUUUCUAGGAAGCUCAGGAUGAGUCCCACUGAGGAUUCAUCAUGUUGGAAUGUCUGCCAGCAGACCAAUGGAAGUGGGUGGAAACCUGAAUUGUUCAAGUGUCUAAGAAAAAAUAGUGCGGACAAUGCUGCAAACGAGGGACAAUCAAGCCCAACAGCAGGAGAGGGGUCCCAUGUAGAAUAUCUUCAGAGUUCAGAAGAUGAGCAGCUUUUGGGUCAUGCUAGGGUGUUGGAAUGUCAUAAACUGAGUGGGAGUGUUUCACCUGAAAGUAAGGGGAAGUCUGCAGAAGAUACAGAGACAAGAAGGGUUCAAAGUUUGGGACAGUCAGUUCUUUCAGUUUUAGGGCAGUCAGGAUACAACUCAACAAAUACUGAAAAUGAAAUUUAUUCUAAGACAGAACAGUCUUCUGAACUUCCUAAACAUCCAAGUGAGCCCUUUCAAAUGAACACUAAUGAUCAGAUGUCAUUUAAAGAAAGUAAUGAGGCCGUUAACGCCUCCACCUCUGAUCUGUCAAGCCAGUCAGCAGCAUUGGGGACAGAUCAAAGUCAUCAUUAUCAGGGCUGUAGUGAAAACGUAAUAGCUAGUGGUUCUGAGAUCCAUGUUACAGCCACAUCAGAUACACAGACAGAUAAAAGGAUGCUGUUUGGAAAGAAACUCUUCACAGACUCUCCAGCUCAGCCUCAAUCACAUGCUACAAGCAUAGGCUCUCCAUCGAGUAUUUCCACCCCUCUGUAUUUUGUGGAAAGGGUAAAUGUCAGAAACCAGCAGGUAGAGUCAGCCAGCAAUUUAAAAGAGCGGCUUAUAGUCUACAGCGACAGGUUCCAUCCCGCUGGGCUGCUGCCUCCUUCCACUGACAACACACAGCUGUCAAGUGGCUGCCUGAAAGCCCCUAUUAAGGUCGCCCUUAGCAGUGGGAUCCCCAAGCCAAUUCUUCACCAUUCGAGGACCUCAUUGAUGAGCAGGGGAGAAACAGAGUGUACUUAUAGCAACAAGGCUGAAGAGCUGCAAGAGGCUAAAUUCAUACCCAAACCUAAACAUGUCAGACCCAAAAUCAUAACGUACAUCCGAAAGAGUCCACAGGCCAAGCUGCCACUCGAUGCCAUAGGGCUGCCCUCCAGGCUUUCCACAUACAGUGUUCCCAUGACAAAAAAUACCCAAAAGGAAACAAAAUCGUCCCCAGUGUUAAGUGCCUCUAAUCUUCUGUACGAUAAAUACAGACAUGAAACACAAAAAUCGCACUUUUAUUCUUCAGGGUUAAUGGUGUCUGGUAUCAAGCCACCUGGUCAUCAUAUUCCUCACAAGAUGGUUGGAAAGGCUGAUACUUUCUACGAGGAACUAUGUGACAAGUAUCCACAUGAUGGUAGUAAGACAGGCAAAGCAACGACCGGCUUGGCAGGAACAGGGCGGGAUGAUUCUUCAGUUCCUCAGCAAAGCACAAACGAAGUUGCUCCAGCCAGCAUUUACAGGUCAUCCAUGGUUCUUAGGCCUCAGUUAGGCCUAGGAGAUGUCACUAGGUUACCCUCAGCAAAAAACAGAAUGCUGCUAGCCAGUCAAAGAUCAGCCCUGUCCUUCAGCCACCAGACACAGAUGUCAAAUACAGUCAACCACUACAGUCUGGAUGCUUCAGUUGAGCAAAGGAAGAGCACCCCUGGAACACUUACAAGGUCUAUUCUGCCCAAACCUGGGCAUUCUGGUCUGCGCCCUCCUGGAUACUCCCGUCUGCCCGCAGCCAAACUGGCUGCCUUUGGGUUCGUCCGGAGCUCCAGUGUGUCCUCUGUGUCAAGUAACCAAUCCAACGACAGCAACCAGAGUGAUCCCAAGACAACCAACCGUCCCGGCAGUGGGGGUGAUGAGCAAGUGAACCAGAAGCCAGCAGUGCCGCCCUAUGACAUUUCCCGAGGUGCCAGCAGGACCGGCUUGCAGGCUUCAAGCAAUGUUGCAGGCAGCCGUCGGUGCCUGCUUCCCACCCCCAGGAGCGGAGGAUCACCAUCUGCUUCCAGGAAAGAAAUGCAAAAAGAUGCUGAAGUUGCUAGACCAGCAGUUUCAUCGCCCAAGAGAUUAGUGGUGGCAGCCUCAAAGCUUAAUUCUCCAGGACACACAAGGCAGAAAGCUGGCGUCCUACGAAACGGGAUCUCUGCCAAGGCUGAGUCUCGGGAGGCAGAGCGACAGAUUGUGCAGAAGCUGAAGGAUAAGUGUGAGGAGCAGGCUAGGCAACUUCAGAGUCUGCAGGAGGAGCUGAAGAGAGCCACGCUGGGCUUGGAGGUCUUUGCCAUCACCACCCAGCACUUCUGUCAGAAGAACGAAAGUGCCCUUGUGAAAGAGAAAGAACUCUCCAUUGAGCUUGCCAAUAUCCGGGAUGAAGUGGCUUUCAACACAGCAAGAUGGGAGCGCCUGCAGCGGGACAAGGAGGAGCUGGAGAAGAGGUUUGAGAUGGAGGUGCGGCGGCUCCAACAGCAGCAGCAGGCCGAGCUGCUGGCCCUGGAGGACAAGCUGAAGUCACACUACGCUGAGCAGCAGGAGAGGCUGCAGGAGGAGCACCUCACACACCUGGAAAGGAUCAGGUCUCAGCACCAGGAUCAGAUUGAUGAUAUUAAUGCAAACCAUGAAGCUGCUGUACUCGAGAUGGAAACCAGUCACACUUCAGCAAUUGCAGAUCUGGACAAUGACCAUGAGAAUAAAAUGACAGAGCUCAGAACAGCUCAUGAACUUGAAAGAAAAAAACUAGAGGAAGACUUUGAAAAGCUGCGACUGUCACUGCAGGACCAGGUGGACACGCUGACAUUUCAGAACUGCACUCUGAGAGACAGAGCUAAGCGGUUUGAGGAGGCACUGCGAAGAAGCACAGAUGAGCAUAUUGAGGAGGCCCUGGCUCCCUAUCAGCAUAUAGAAGAAGAUAUGAAGAGUCUGAAGCAAAUUCUAGAGAUGAAGAAUCAGCAAAUUCAUGAGCAGGAAAAGAAGAUAAUGGAGUUUGAAAGAUUGGCUGAGAAAAAUGCUGUAUUACAAGAAAGAGUUCAAGUGCUUCAACAGCAAAAUGAAGACCUCAAAGUCAGAAUUGAUAGAAAUGCUGCCAUGUCAAGGGAGUUAUCUGAGGAGAAUGCAAACCUGCAGGAGCAUGUGGAGAAGGAGAGCAAUGAGAAGAAACGGCUGAGCCGCACAAAUGAGGAGCUGCUCUGGAGACUCCAAACUGGAGAGCCCAUGAGCCCUGUGCAACUGUCACCAUCCUCCUCGCCCAUCCACCGUGGCUCCCCGGGGCCAAUGUCUCCCUCCAGAAUCACUCCUAGGUGAAGGCUGGAGGAAGGGCUUUCACUGAGAGAUGCCCAGACCCUGACAGGAUGAGCUGCUGGAGGACUCCCUCCAAACAGCCCCUUCCCUGAGCUGUUAUCAUUCAGUACCUUAAGAUGCACAAGGCAGGGCUGCUGCCCAAAAGCUUCUGCAGGUGUCCUUGUUAGCUGUAGGCAACAAUUUAAAAACCCUGCAGUGUAGCUGCUGGCUCUAGCUUCCUGGCAUCUCAUACUACCAAACAGCACAGUUUAAAGUCUGGGUAUCAGCGAGGAAGACAUAAUAUGCUUAACUUCCAACAAGCAGGCCAUCAUUUUCACAUAUAGAUAGUAUAUAACCGAUCAGGACAGUGACUGCUGAUUCUCAAUAUUGUUUGAUUAAACACUAUUUACUUCGGCAUCUCUGUAAAAUAGAUGCAUCUGGAAAUAUACUUUCGCCACCUUUACAAAUCAUCUGCUGUACCUUCAAAUUUGGCCAGGAAAAUGCAAGUUUCAAAGAAGCGCCUUUAGGCUACCAUUAGGUGGCAUUUUGAGAAGAUUUACACACCAGCAGUUUACCACGGUUGAAACUCCUACUGUCUUUCUAAAACAAUCUGCUUUUUAAACAGCUCUUCACCUGCUUCUCUCAGUCUACUUGUAACCAAACUAAGCAGUUUACAGGACAAAUUAUGCUCCUAAAUGAGACAGUUCAAAUAUGUACUACUACCAGUACGCAUUUUUGUUUAAAAAGAAGCAUGUACUGUAUGUAAGUCUUCCAAUUGUAACUGACGUUUAUUUUAAUACACUUGUAUAACUUUGAAAAAGGAUCAUACUGUACUCCUGGGCAUUCUUAAUGUUCUGUAGUAUUUGAGCCUCCUCCUUCUAAUAUUCUGUAUAUUAGACUGGAAUGAAAAUUAGCCAAUGUAAGCUCAGUGUAGGUUUAACUCAUCCUUGUCCAAGUCCAGGUAAACCUUUACAAUACCUCCCAUAAAUAGGUAGCGUUUAAGGAUCUCUCAAAACUGGAAUGGUUUAGGAAAAAGACAAACAAGAUGUAUUGAAAUAUUGAUGUGCAAAACUUGAAUUUUGUAAGUUCAGGGAUUUUGUUGUUUAUACCUAACAUAUAUAACAUUUUCUAAGGAGGAAUGUUUCAGUUGCUUGUUCAGUUUUUCCUCCAAGCCUUUUACACCCACAUGGUAUUGAGAUCUUGGUUAGAUGUAUACAGUCCAUAUUCCAGAUUUCAAACAUUCAACUCAAUUUCAAGAUAUAUAAAGACAAAAAGAAGUGUAACUGUGAUCCAUGGCAUCAGUUUCUCACAUUCCAGUCAGAAUCACCGAUACCUACCAGUUCCAGGGUUGUAAAAGUUUUUGUUAUGUGAAAGAGUAAGAGAGUAUUAAGCUUAGCCUAGAGGCUCAUCAAAGCUUAUGAUGAAUAAACUAGAUGUUGAGCCAUCACAUAGAAAAGGACCCGCUGUCGCCUGGACAACAUAUUGCCUAGGUUACUGAUACAUUGCUUCAGUAAGUCAUGCACAGUGCACCAAUAGUACUGUAACAAAGCAACACGAUGAAGGAUGUUUCAAUAUACAGUAGCUCAUCUAUCACUAAAUUGAAAACCCAACCUACUGCUGUUUAACAGGUAUAAUAUAAUUGAAUAACAUUCAAUUCAAAAACUCAAUUCAGGUAUUAAAUUCUGCACUGACUGCUUUUGUGUCCCUUAGACACAUUGGGCACCCAACAAUUGAUUGUUUGCUCUACCGUAUGUGGGCUGAUGUAAUUAUGUGUUUGGGGGAAUUAUUUAAAACGUUUAUACUAUUUUGGAUGUUUCUGUGCAGAUUUGUGUAAUAUGUAUAUAUGGCUCUUCUUCAUAAGGUCAUACUUCAUAACGGUUAAAAUGGAAGCAUGCAUUAUGUUUUGUUUUUAAAUUAUGUUAAAAAAUGUAUAAAUAGCAAAGGAAAUAAAACUUGUGUGGAAUGAAACAACACCAUGUAUAUUUAUGUUGACACAUUUUGUUGUACUUUGUGUUAAAUGAGAUUAAAAUAUCAAAACACA